GGGGCAGAGGGGGCGCCUGCAGCUGGCCGGCCCCUGCCUCGGGCGGCCCUGACCCGGCCGCCGCCCCCCGCAGGGCUCCUCGCACCUCCCCCAGCAGCUCAAAUUCACCACGUCCGACUCCUGCGAUCGCAUCAAGGACGAGUUCCAGCUGCUGCAGGCUCAGUACCACAGCCUGAAGCUGGAGUGUGACAAGCUGGCCAGCGAGAAGUCGGAGAUGCAGCGUCACUACGUGAUGUACUAUGAGAUGUCCUAUGGGUUGAACAUCGAGAUGCACAAGCAGGCCGAGAUCGUCAAGAGGCUGAACGGGAUCUGUGCCCAGGUCCUGCCUUACCUGUCGCAGGAGCACCAGCAGCAGGUGCUAGGAGCCAUCGAGCGGGCCAAGCAGGUCACCGCCCCGGAGCUGAACUCCAUCAUCCGGCAGCAGCUCCAAGCCCACCAGCUGUCCCAGCUGCAGGCGCUGGCCCUGCCCCUGGCCCCGCCGCCUGUGGGGCUGCAGCCGCCGUCGCUGCCGGCUGUGAGCGCGGGCUCGGGCCUGCUGUCGCUGUCGGCGCUGGGCUCCCAGGCCCACCUCUCCAAGGAGGACAAGAACGGGCAUGACGGCGACACCCACCAGGAGGACGACGGCGAGAAGUCAGAUUAGCGCCCGGGCGGAGGGUGGGGAGACAGGCACAGGGCGAGGGCGAGGGAGGUCAGCGGAGCCCCAGCUCGGGUGUGCCGGGCGCCUGCCGGGACCCCAGCCCUGCCCUGUGCUGCCCCUCACUCUGGCUCCCACCCCGUCCGGCCUCCCUCUUCCCCUGCAGCCCAGAUAGGUGAGCACCCGCUCAGGCCACAGGCUGAGGCCUGGAGGGGCUGCGGGGGCCCAGGUCCGAGGGAGCAGCACCUCAAGCAGCCCAGUGUCCCCGGCACCCCCGUCCGCAGUCCACACUCCUGUAACUGACAGUCCGCCCGGCCGGGCCUCCACCGCACUGCAUGCGCCGCUGCCCCUCCCGCCUGGGCGCCCCGCGGUCCGGCCCCAGCUGUGCUCCUCCACCUCCCGCCCCACGCACCUCCUCGCUAGCCCCGUACCCCCUGGUCCUCGCCCCUCGCCCACGACGGGACAGAGAGCAAGAUUGGCGGGGACAGCUGAGGUGGGGUGGCAACCAGGAUUUCCCUCCCCCUUCCCAAAUAAAGAUGAGGGUACUGAAGC